AGGAGGAGGAGAGCUGGAGCUGGAGGAGGGAGGUCGGCUCGCGGAGCCGGAGAGCGCGGCCGCCUCGGCAGGUUGGGACCCGAGCUCGCGGCUUCCGGAAGGCGCCGAGGUCGGAUAAAUACAUCCCGGGCGCCGGGAGCAGGGGACGCGGCUCGCACCGCCCGCUCCGCCGUCCGCAGGGCGCCGAGGCGGCCGCUGAGGCGCGGCGCCCGCUCCCCCUCCUCCCGCGGCCGGCGGAGCACGGAGAGCCGCGGGCUCGGCCGCCGGCGCCGGGCCGCGGAGCGGAUGAGCGGCGGCGGCUGAGGCCGGGGCUGGCCUUUGCCCGCCGUCUGCCCGGCGCCCGAUCGGGGCCGCAGCGCCCGGGGCGCGGGGUCCGCGCCGGUGCCAUGGGGGCGGCCUGACGCGCCGGGCGGCCACUCUCCCUCCAGCCGCGGGCCCUGCCGGCGGCGGCGGCGCGCUCUGCCCGGGGCGCCCGGGAGCCUCCGCCGCGCUCUAUGCGCCUCUGCGGGCGCCGCGGGCCCGGGCCAUGGCCAUAGACCGGCGGCGCGAGGCGGCGGGCGGCAGGCCCGGGCGGCAGCCGCCCCUGGGCGAAGAGAACGGCUCUCUGCCGCCCGGGGACGCGGCGGCCUCGGUGCCCCUCGGGGGCGGCGCGGGCCCCAGCAGCGGCGGGGAGAUCCAGGCGCUGCCCUCCCCGCACCCCGGCGGUGGCGCGGCGGCGCCCAGCCUCCUGUUGCUGGACUAUGACGGGUCGGUGCUGCCCUUCCUCGGGGGCCUGGGCGGGGGCUACCAGAAGACCCUCGUGCUGCUCACCUGGAUCCCGGCGCUGUUCAUCGGCUUCAGCCAGUUCUCGGACUCCUUCCUUUUGAACCAGCCCAAGUUCUGGUGCCGCGAGGCCGGCAAAGGCGCCGAGCUGGCGGGAGUCACCUCCACGGGCCGGUGGGGAGCCUACGACGGGGCCACCUGGAACAGCCCCCCGACCACCUCCUUCUCCACGGCCGCCUGGGGGCCCGCGGGCAACCUCAGCAACAGCAGCGGCGCGGACAGGGGCGACCGGCCCCCCUUCGGGUCCCCUCCGGACAAGGGGGACAACGCCUCUAACUGCGACUGUCACGCGUGGAACUACGGCAUCCACACAGGCCUCGUUCAAAACGUGGUCAGCAAGUGGGAUCUUGUGUGCGAUAAUGCCUGGAAGGUCCAUAUCGCUAAGUUCUCCUUACUGGUUGGAUUAAUCUUUGGCUACCUAAUAACUGGAUGCAUUGCUGACUGGGUCGGCCGGCGGCCUGUGCUGCUCUGUUCCAUCAUCUUCAUUCUGAUCUUUGGCCUGACCGUGGCCCUGUCCGUGAAUGUGACGAUGUUCAGCACACUCAGGUUCUUCGAAGGAUUCUGCCUGGCUGGAAUAAUCCUCACCUUGUAUGCAUUACUCUUGUAGGAGGAAGUGCUCAUACACGCUGGGAGGACCACCCAGGUUCUCACCGCCUGUGCUUUGUGGACUUGUGGCCAUGUUGACCUCUGGCCUCCCAGCAUACCCGCCUGACAGAUGUAGGCCCAGCAAGAGGGGCAAAGGAUCCUAGGUCAGCUGAGCGGGAAGGACAAAGUCUCCGGGGCGUUGGCAACAUGAAUGUUACAGGAGGACUUGAGGACAUGCAGGAAUUAGUCACAAGUGGGUUAGGUAUGUGCUGUUGCCAGUUUCCAUGUAAACAGGUUCCGUAACGAUGCUGCCCAGCCCUUCACACACCUCAGACAUCCUGUGUGUGUCCUGGUCUGGGGUGGAGCCACUCACAGCAGUUGCCUAACAGCAGUGUCUUCAGUCGGGCAAAACUAUGUGUGUCCUGUUCUUACUGGGGCCGCCAGGCCGUGGAGAGGACUUGAUGUGCUCGAGAAGGAGCAGAGUCUCUGAGGGGAAGCAGAAGUGCCUGCUGCCAGGGCCACUGCCCUGCUGCCCUCAGAUCCUGCGGGUGCGUCAGCAGUCUCCUGCCCAGUCCCUGCUUAGCCCCUCCCUUUGCCAGCACUUUUCUUGGGGCCUUGAGUACGGCACAGAUGAUCUGCAGCCGCUGCUGAGUGGCGUUCACCGCAGCCCACUUUCAGAAACGUAACAGUCUCACCUCUUGGUUCCCAUGUGGCUGCCCUGGAGGGGACAGCACCCAAGCCAGGAGAGGUGGUGCCAGCCCUCCUGCUGCCUACAGACUGCAGAGAGAGGGUGCCCACGCUCAGUCUCCGCACUGCAGGCCCAGGAGGGCAUGAGGCCUGGGGAGGAGAGAUCUGAGCAACUGAGGGCUCUUCCCUGUUAUCCCUGUUGUUCUCCUACCUGUGUUCCCACCUCUUGACUCUACACCAGCCCUUUCUGCAUGCCUUCCCUGUCCCCUUCCUUCCACCUCAAUGUCUUAGUCCUCUGUCCACCAUCUGCAUUUCUAAAUUCUACCAGUUUCUCAUUGGACCAACUCAGAAGGCCCUGUCUCUUUUUUGUUUGAAAAUGUAGAAUGCAUCACAUUUUUGUGUGCCAUAAAUCUCUGCAUCCCUCCAACUUUAGCACACGUGCUGCCCAGGUGAGCACAAAGGCCCUUUUUCUUUACGGAUCUUCCCACUCCCCAACCCCAAGCUAGGGGCCAGCCUCACUCUAGGAAUCCCUGCAAGACUUUUCUUUCACCUUUCUUAUGAUCUAUGUCGUCUCUCUCUCCAGCUGGCCUACAAGGUUAAUAUUUGUCCAAAUAACCCAACACAGAAAUUGGUUUUUGUCCAAAAUAACCCAACACAGUGUUGUAUGGUGAGCUGUGCCAGAACAGUAUUCAACAGACUCCAUAAGGUAGAUGAAUGAAUUAGGCAUUGGCAUGGGGUGGCUGGAAGUAAUUGGAAAUUUAGCAGAAGGCAAGAAAGACAUGAGCUUUGAGAGAUGGGAGUCUUCCUGUGAAAAGGAGGGCUGCAAACGGGAGGUAUUUAGUGACCAGGAGAUGAGAAGGUACAUUCAAUAGAAGGAGAUGCAUGGCAACUGAAGUGGGACUUACAUGACAUGAGCAGAGGGCGGUGGAAGGAGUGGUGGGAGGUGUGGCGUUGGUAGAGGCUCCAACCUGGCUCAGAAAGUUGCUUUAAGAGGAGAGCAGUGGGAGCAUUCAUUUUACACUGAGAUUUGGUGUUGGCUUCACUUGAUCAAGGCACAGCAAUGGUUAAAUGAGGAGAGGAGAGGUGGUGGCUGGGUGUCCAGUCUUUGGUCUGGCUUCACACUAGCGGAUGCCACUCGGGAAUGAUUGCACAAUAAUGGUUGUGUUCUGAAGCCAGCAUUGGUAUUUACUGCUUUGCUCUUGCUGGCAUGGUUGCUUAAUAAAAUCUUUAUUACCCCAAA